AUGUCAUUGAUGAUGCUGGGGCCAGCUUACAACCACACAAUGGAGUCCCCAGCUGCCUUCAUCCUUGUGGGCAUUCCAGGUUUGCAGUCUUCAUAUCUCUGGCUGGCUAUCUUCCUGAGUGCUAUGUACACCACAGCCCUGUUAGGAAACACCCUCAUCAUGACUGUGAUCUGCAUGGAUUCUACUCUCCAAGAGCCCAUGUAUUGCUUCCUGUGUGUUCUGGCUGCUGUGGACAUCGUUAUGGCCUCCUCUGUGGUACCCAAGAUGGUGAGCAUCUUCUGCUCAGGAGACAGCUCCAUCAGUUUUAAUGGUUGUUUCACUCAGAUGUAUUUUGUCCAUGCGGCCACAGUUGUGGAGACAGGACUGCUGGUGGCCAUGGCUUUUGACCGCUAUGUGGCCAUCUGCAAGCCCCUACACUACAGUAGGAUUCUCACACCUAAAAUGAUGCUGCGAAUGUGUGUGACCAUCAUCAUCAGAGCUGGCAUGUUCAUGACUCCUUUGAUUUGGAUGUUGAUUCAUCUUCCUUUCUGUGGCUCCAAUGUGGUUCCCCAUUCCUACUGUGAACACAUGGCUGUGGCUAAGUUAGCCUGUGCUGACCUCAUGCCCAGCAGUCUCUACAGUUUGAUUUGUUCUUCCAUUAUUGUGGGCUCUGAUGUGGCCUUCAUUACUACCUCUUAUGUCUUGAUUCUCAGGGCAGUGCUUGGUCUUUCCUCAAAGAAUGCUCAGCGGAAAGCAUUAAGCACUUGUGGGUCCCAUGUAGUAGUCAUGGCUCUAUACUAUCUGCCUGGAAUGGUGUCCAUUUAUGUAGCCUGGUUAGGGCAGGGCAUAGUGCCCUUGCACAUUCAAGUAUUGUUAGCUGAUUUGUACCUGAUCAUCCCACCCACCUUAAAUCCCAUCAUUUAUGGUAUCAGGACCAAACAAAUAAGGGAGAGAAUAUGGAGUUUGGUGAUGCACUGCCUCCUUGACCACUCCAAUAAAGUAUUAUGA